GCAGUGGCAAGCCAAGGCCCCUCCUGCCUCCCUCCCAAGCAGGGGUGCUUGUUGUUGUUGUUUGCACCUGUGCAAUGGAAGCCCUUGUUUAGGGAGGCAGCCCCAGCCGGUGGUGGUGGUGUUGGGGAAGGCUGCUGUGGCCCAGGGAGAAGGGCGAGGCUGCAAGGGGGACCCCUCCGGGUCGACCUCGGGCAGUGGGUGGAGUAUGCAGGGGAAAGGGCUCGGGAGGUGGUUGGCGAAAGGGCGCGCGUGUGCCUGAGUCUGUGCGCGUGUGCGCCGCUGCUUUGCUGGCUGCUGCUGCUGCUGCUGCUGCUGCAAGGGUGUAGGUGGAGGAGCUUCUGAUCCAAGGCUUGUCUAGGGCUGCUGCUUGUGCUGCUGACAGGAGGCAGGGGUUUGGGCCUAAGAGGCCACAAGGCAGAAGGAGAAACGGCAGCAGCCGAAGGUAGUCGCGAGAAGAAGCAGGAAGCCCUGAACGCACAAAGCACUGACGCCCUUUCCCAGCUGAGCUUCUAAUGAAGAUCCUAUAAUUAUCUGAGCUCUAAUAGCUGGAACUUCGGAUAUCAAAGCUGGGAGAAAGUACUUCUGAAACCAACAUGUAGCAGAUAGCCACUGUUCCGUCAGAUUUGCUGCUUUUGGCCAAGGUGUUUGUCUUCUAGACUUCCCUGUGCGUUCAGCAGUGAAAGAAUCAUUCUAGGGAUUCUUAUUUCUUGGGUGGUGAAUGAGUUUCGUUGACAGAAAUUGAAAUUGGAUUUCACGUGGUUUUUUGUUAAACUGAGGAACCAUGAGUAGUAAUCUUGGGAAAGAUUGUAAGGAGAAGGACCCAAAAGGGUCUUCAGCAAAGGAAAGGGAGAAGGAGGCCAAGACUUCUGGUGGAUUUGGGAAAGAAAGCAAAGAGAGAGAGCUUAAGACCAAAGGGAAAGAAGCCAAAGAUGGGAAGAAGGACUCCAGCGGUGCACAGCCGGGUGUGGCUUUUUCAGUGGACAAUACAAUAAAACGACCUAAUCCAGCUCCAGGUGCUCGCAAGAAAUCCAGCAAUGCCGAGGUGAUCAAAGAGCUAAACAAAUGUCGGGAAGAAAAUUCAGUACGCUUGGACUUGGCCAAGAGGUCGAUACACAUACUCCCACCAUCUGUCAAAGAGUUAACGCAGUUGACGGAACUUUAUUUAUAUGGAAACAAACUGCAGUCACUACCGUCUGAGGUGGGCUGCCUUGUGAAUCUGGUGACACUGGCCCUGAACGAGAACUCACUUACCAGCCUCCCUGACUCUCUUGAUAACUUGAAGCAGCUUCGCAUGGUUGAUUUACGACACAACAAACUGAGAGAAAUUCCUCCAGUGGUGUACAGGCUAAGGUCUCUCACCACACUUUAUCUACGCUUUAAUCGUAUCACAACUGUGGAAAAGGAUAUCAAAAACUUGUCGAUACUCAUCAUGCUCAGCAUACGGGAGAACAAAAUCAAGCAACUACCUGAAGAAAUUGGUGAGUUGUUUAACCUCAUAACACUGGAUGUAGCACACAAUCAGCUUGAGCAUCUUCCAAAGGAGAUUGGAAAUUGUACACAGAUCACCAAACUUGACCUACAGCACAACGAGCUCCUGGACCUUCCAGAUACCAUAGGAAACCUGUCCAGUCUGAAAAGCCUCGGGCUGAGGUAUAACCGGCUCUCAGCAAUACCCAGGUCUCUAGCACAGUGCAGUAAACUUGAUGAACUGAAUUUGGAGAACAACAUGAUUUCUGCUUUACCAGAGGGUCUCUUAUCCAGUCUUGUGAAUCUGACCAGCCUCACUCUGGCAAGGAACUGUUUCCAGUCAUAUCCAGUGGGUGGCCCCUCACAGUUCUCUACCAUCUACGCUCUCAAUAUGGAGCAUAACCGCAUCAAUAAAAUCCCUUUUGGAAUUUUCUCCAGAGCAAAAGUGUUGAGUAAGCUGAACAUGAAGGACAAUCAGCUGACGUCGCUUCCCUUGGACUUUGGGACAUGGACCAGCAUGGUAGAACUGAACUUAGCUACAAAUCAACUCAACAAGAUUCCUGAGGAUGUGUCUGGACUUGUUUCCCUAGAGGUUCUUGUCUUGUCGAACAACCUUCUAAGAAACCUUCCCCAUGGCAUUGGGAACCUGCGAAAGUUAAGAGAAUUGGAUCUAGAGGAAAACAAGCUGGAAUCCUUGCCCAAUGAAAUCGCGUACCUUCGGGAACUUCAGAGGUUGAUCUUAACAAAUAAUCAGUUGAGCACCCUUCCUAGAGGAAUUGGCCACCUCAUCAAUCUGACACAUCUUGGACUGGGAGAGAAUUUUCUUACACAACUUCCUGAGGAAAUUGGUACACUGGAGAAUCUGGAAGAACUGUAUCUAAAUGACAACCCUCAUCUGAACAGCCUUCCUUUUGAACUGGCCCUCUGCAGUAAAUUGUCUAUAAUGAGCAUUGAGAACUGCCCACUCAAUACCCUUCCAGCUCAAAUUGUUGCAGGUGGACCUUCCUUUAUCAUCCAGUUUCUCAAAAUGCAGGGACCAUAUCGUGCCAUGGUCUGAUGGAUAUCUGCUCUAAUGAUGUACAAAAUAUAAAUUGCAUUGAGGGUAUCAUUGUGUACAUAAUAUUAUCUAGGCCACACGGUGCCAGGGUUUGAUAAAAGUUGGAUUGUUCCAUACACUGUACAAAAUGCAAAGAGCAUUAUUGGUAUUGCGUAUGUGUGAAUAUAUAAUAUAAUAUAUAGGCUGUAUAUUAUAUUAUAUAUAAAGCAUAAAUAAUAUAAAACAGGCAAAUUCAAGACCAUGUUUAUGUGUUUCUGCUAAUAGAGGAAGCAUAGCCAUUUAGAUUUUUUUUCUUUGUAAAGUGCUUGUCUAAGUUUUCUUUGCCGAAUUUGAUGGAUGUCUGGGUAAUUGGAGAUACCAGUUCACUGAAAACAAUGGCCAACUAAUUGCUGAACAAUUUAAGGGACAAAACAUUUUUAGAUGGAGCCCUCUUCCUAUGGGAAAAACAAGCAACUUGAUUACACAAACUUUUUUUUUUUAUCAUUCCCCUCUGUGCAAAUUCUCUGUGUCAAAAAUCCUUUCGGGUGAUUUGUCCUCUAGUUGGGGAGAUUCUUUAACUUAUUUUAAGAUUUGAAACAAAUGGUGAUGUAUUUGUUUACAGUCAGAGUAAAUCACUGGAUUAUUUUUAUUUUUUAUUAUUGUUGUUGGAUUUGCUCUGUUAUACUCAUAUCUAAAAUUUAUAUGCUUCUGCUGAGGGCUUCUUAUUGUCUGAUUUUAUAUUAAAACAAAAGUGUAAGUAGGAAAAGAUGCAGUUCAACAAAAGCUUGAAUUUAGGCCUUUUUCAGUUUAUCGUUCGUAAGCAUAUCUUAUUUGAUCCACUUAUUUUACGGUUGGCCUCAUCUAGCACAAGCACCAUAUUCUGAUACAUAAAUUGACAGAUAUAUUUGAAAACCUGCAACAUUCUGUUAAGGUGUAGUAGUGCAUUGACGAGGAAUGAAUAUAUAUUACACCAGGCAAGUGUAAGCGCUCCCCCGGUCUUUGUACAAUUAAUGAAUGUGUCUUUUAAAGCACUGCAGUAUAUGUAAGAUUUAUGAUUGGUUGACAGUGUUACUCUGGCUUUAUAUCUUGCCUUGCCUUGUACAUCUUUCCAUUGUUACGGAGCAUCUGCAUCCAAGCACAAUAUCUUCAUGCUGUGCUGUUUUGCUGCUGAACUAAAUGCACUUUUCCCUGCAGAAGUGGGACACUUGCUUCAAAGUAAUCAGUUCAGUACCAUGGUUUAUUCUCUCAGCUUCAUCCUAUCAAUCUCAGUAUUAAAGACCGGUCUGUUUUAAAAGUUUCAUUUGUACUUAAAACUUGCUCUGUAAAAAAGAACAGUAAAGUGGUUCACAUGCAGUUUUACUGUCAUUUUCGUGGCUGUAUGAAGGGCUAAUAACGCUGCAGUGAAACAGAGACUUGCCACUAACACUUGCAGUGCCAUUUCUAGUUUUUUUGUGCACCCAUCUUGCAUUCUGGGCAGUUGCUUUCAAUGUCAGUUCACUACAUUGGGUUUGCUUCUGAGAUUGUGGAAUUUAGAGAGUGCUGUGUCUUUUGAACCAGUUGUACGGACCACAGAAGCCAGAGGAAUCUUGUUCAUCUAUUGAAGGUUUUGGAACUUUUAUUUCUGGCACUAAGAGCCAUUUAAUCAGUACAAUCCAGAGAUUAUCACAUAUGCCUGUCCCAUGUAAAUAAGUUAGAUGCACACUCCUGGCAGUAUAAUUAAGAAUUACUUCUGAGUAAAGAUGCUUAAGAGUGCUCUGCAAGUGUCAGAGGCUGUAGUGGGAUUUGGAUGUGCCUGAGUUCCUUUGGCUUGAGCCCAUCAUAACUUACUGCCUUGCUCUGUUUUCUUUGAUAUGAAUUAUAGCUUUUAUUGAUUGGUUUUCUCACUAGCGAGGGAGAAUUGUUUUGAAAGAAAGGCAGGUAAGAUACAUAAAACCUUUAACGGGCUUAAGCUGGUAGCAAAAACUAGUCUAGAUGUCACUGGAUAUACAAAGGAAUAUCUACUACAGUCUUCUGAAAAAUAAUAAUCUAAUGCUAUGUCAGUUUAGAUUUAUAAAAUUGUAUAGUUUCAGCUGUGUGAAAGCCUAUCCAUCUGAGCAUUAAGGUGUUAAAAUACAAAGUGGUGGUUUAAAGGUGAAAGUCCACUUUAUGCUGAAGCUGUAAACUUGUCCCAGUAACUCAGUCUGUGUCUUUAUAUGCUGCCCAUAUGCACUUUUAGGGGGAGAUAAUCUUUUCUAUAAUCAAUUGUCUAUACCUGUUACUUUUAAAGCAAGAGUUUAGCCAUGUAUUGAAAAUUAUUCCAGGCAAAAUGAGAAUCGUAUCUUUGGAAGAUUUUUCAGAAUUGAUGUAGGAUAGGAUGCUUCUAGUAGGUUGGGUUCUUCUGCCACUUUGUGGAGUUGUGGGUAGAUGAAGUUGAACUGCAUUUAUGGAACUGGUAGUUUUGUCUGUAAAUAUAUUAAUACAAUUGUUCAUCUUGCCAAGGAUUAUGUGACUGUUUUUCUCUCUCUCUGAAAGAUCACUUGCAUGUUGGAAACUGGUUAUAUUCAUUCAUUAAAACAUUUAAAAAAUGAACUUUUUUUAAAAAAGGUGAAUCAAUUAUACUUCAGUAUCACAUGUAAAGAGGAGUCAAAGUAUAGUCUGUUAAGCACAGAAUCUACAGGACUCCCAAAUCCAAGUUUAUGUUCCACAAUCAGCACAGGAUGCAAAAGGAAUAAAUUUAGACAGAGGUAGCAAUAAAUUCUGGGCUAAAAAGAAAUCAGAAAAUAUUUUCAUAAUGCAGUUGAUUGUCUUCUGAAAUUUAGAAUUUGAUUUCUCAUGAUAGAAAGUUAUUGUGUACCAGAAUAUCUUUACUUUCCUUGGCAAAAUGAUGGUACUCUAACCAAUUAGGAAAUGUCCACCUAAAUCUAGCAAGGAUGUAUUAACUGGAAUUUAAAAACUGAAUCUGUGCCAAUCAGAAACUUGGGGAAAAUUCUAGGAUUUGUGAUACUGAGAAGAUACAUAUUUCUAGAUAGUUCUUUUUGGGAUGUCUAGUAAGUGUGCCCCUUGCUCUUGUAACACUACACAUUUAGUAUCUCUACUAAGUCAGUUCUACCUUUUUACGCGAAGCUUCAGAAUUAGUGACAAUCCUCUCAGGUCUCUCAAGCAGUUUUGAUGGGUGUCAGUGCAUAUCCUCCCAAGUUCAUCAUGGAAACAACAGCAGAUAUAUUUGGAGAAUUCUUAUUAGACUGUUCCCCAUAGAAUCACAUACAUGGGUUUCCCAGUGCAAGAAAAGAUGCCAUGUCCAUCGAGGUCAUCACCUUGGCUCCAGUGCGGGUGCCACCAUCAGUGCUGCUGCUCUUGUGUUGUUCUCUGGCAGCUGUAUAGCAAAGGGAUAAAACCUGUAUGACUUUGAUGUGAUGCAUAUGGAUGUCAGUGUAGCCCUUGCUGUGCUUCGUUGGAGUAACCCUGUGCCUCUGUGUUAGAACAGAAUUUUAAUGGCAAGCAGGACGGAACUGCCUCAUGUGCUGCUUUAGCACAUGAGGCAGUUAUCAUGUGCUAAAGCUGCUUUAGCACAUAAGCACAAACCACCCUCUGCACUGCUGAAGGAACCCCUCAGAUAGGCUGCAAAGUACACUUUGUACAGCUCUGCCACAGUUAGGAAAGUUACAAAAAUCUAACCUCUACUUCUUAGGAUUUAGUUGCAACACUGAAUUGCAAAGGAGGAAUAAAUUGGCAUUGACUCUUUGGGAAACCAGUGUAUAUAUCUUAGUAUAAUAUUCAUGUUACAUUAAUGGCAGUAAAUUAAUUUGGCUGCAUAAUUUGGCUUUAAAGAUCUUUACCCAACUUCCCUGGUGGGGGCUUUCUAAUGUGUUUCCUGCUAAAAUUUUGCAGUGUUUGCUUUUUGAUGUUUCAGACUUCAUUUACACAAUUUAUCUUGGCAAAUAUUUAAGCUUAGGAGGGAUUUUAGCUCAUUGAAAUGUUUUUGUAUAGUAGUACUAAGAAGAGAAAACUGUAGCUACUUAUUGUCAAAAUGGCAGGCGAAAUUUAAAGUAGCAUCUUUGACCUGGACAAUUUUUGGAACGGGGGCAUUGGGAUGGUUUUGUAUUCUUCACAUAUCAAAGGAAUAAUGCCUUCCUGAUUAUUCAAGAACCUGAAUGCAGCAGAGCAUUUGUAUAGUCAAUAUUGCACUUCCAUUGUAUAUUUAAUCAGCAUGUCAGAACUUGCUUUUAAUUAGGUAUACACUUGGCAGUAAUUUGCACAACACACCAACUUUAAAAGGCACAUGUAGGGCAAUUACUAAUGAUAAUAUCUGCAAAAAAAUCUGAUGGCUUUUUUUAUUCUACAAAGAUCUGAAGAUUCUGUUUAUUAUUUCAAUGUUUAGGUCUUAAGCAGGACAGUGCAGGAUUCUGCCUGUUAAAUACAAGACCACACUAAUUUGUGAUUGAAAAUGAAAGCGUGUAAAACGGUCUACAAAAAUUGUACUUUCUGAAUUAUUGUAAUGUUGAUUGUUAUGUCUAUAAAAGAUUGCCUUGCUUUUUUACAAGUCAUUCUGUAUCAAUGUAUCAUUAUAAAUAGUAUAUUUGUAAAUGA